AAUGAUCAUGUCGACGGGUGAAUGGUUUUUCUUACGAGUGAUCGGAAGAAUUGGAAUAUUUUUGUUUGAAACAUCGUCACCCAUCGGUAUAUUGGAAAGUGGAUUACACCUUCGCAUUCGUGCACAUUAAAUUCUCACGUAGUUGCACAAUAAACUUGUUGCCCUUGUAAAUUGAACGGAUGAAAUGUCGUCCCGUGUCGCAAGUGACGCGUUUGAACUAGCGUUUGAAUCGUUGAAAAAUCCUCCGUAAGUUAAAAUAAUGUAAUUAGGGGCGAUGCAGGUGCGGUAUUUGGUGAAAAAAAAAAAAAAAAAAUACUUUGUUCGGAAAUGGAUUGGAAGUAGUGUAAGAAAAUUGUAGAAUUUUGUUAAUUCUACCCGAGCGCGGGGCAUUCAGCUGAUAAUUUAGUUGAAAUGUACGUUAGCGGUUGUUUGAAAAUUCCAUAGGUCCGAUAAUCGUUUCCUUCGAAAACAAUGAUUUAUACGCGUUCGAAAAACACUCAAAGUCCAGACUUUCGGUAAAGAUAUUAGACCAGAAAUAUCACGAACAAACACAGGGAAUAAUGUGCUGUGAGAAAACGCUGAUAACGACCAAUUAUCGAGGGGAACAAUUCCCGUUCGAUCCGCGUAAAGUCCUCGCGAAAUAAAAUACGCCGAUCCGAUCUACGAUUCCUUCGCGUGUUCGCGUCGUUAGAUUUUUUUUUUGCAUCCCGUCUGAGUGGGGAAAAAAAAACAUGGGAAAAUUGAACCAACGCGAUCAAGUUGUACCUGAACGGCGGUUGGCGAUGAGAGUGGAUCUAAUAUCCCGAUAUUGGUUAACUCUGUUAUCGUAGAUAUAUUGAUCUAUGCUGUUAUUAAAAUAAGGUUGCAGAGAAAUCGUAAGCCGUUUCAACUAUCGUCCGCAUGCCCCAACCAAAGCAGAUAUCGGCAACGGACGCGCCUCGCGAGAUCCCGCAGACGCAAAACGUAGUGCUCUUGAAACGGUCGACGUUGGAUAAACCCUGGAGUAUAUUAUCUCUGAACCGCAAAACUGAAGUAAUCAACGUCAGAGCGCAAUUCACAGACGUCAAUUUAAUAGAAGAGUGGGGUGUUCCAGGAGGUGUUGGAGAAUCCGGAAAGGUUGGAGAAACCGAAGCCGAAAAAACGAUCGAAAUUGUUGGCGGCGUCGCGGGGGAGGCGAUCACAGGAAAAACUGCAGCUAGAACAGAGGGGAUUUCAUUCGAUCGUGAUACGGAGGACGUUCGAGCGGGGCCCUCGGCGAUCGACGGUUCGAAAUUUGAAGGGAAAAAAAAUCGCGGCACAACUCGCUCGAAACGUCGUGACGUCGAAAGCAGAGGCACCGGUAUCCAAAUGCAUCCGAUUUCUAGCAGCGAACAACGUCUCGCCACCGACGAUACCGACACAUCGUCCAUGUCGUCGGUGGAGCAUCAGAGAAGAUCGAGACAACUUCUGGUUGGUUGGGACACAUUCAGAUCGAGGACCAUGUUGCUCUUGAUAGUCCUUCUUUUCGUGUGGGCCGUCAUUUACUUUCCUCUGAUCCUUGCGUGACCGAAAACGAGUCGAUGAAAAAGGGACGUCUGUGGAAUAAAACUAAUGACAACGAUUGAUCCAAAUUUUUAAAUUGGAUCUAAAUCCAGUUAGAAGAUUACCGUAAUUAUAAGUACGAGCAUCUUAUAACGACGAUAAGACUGACUGAGAAUAUAUCUGAAUAGAAUUAGAUUUAUAAUUAGCGAAUCGCGACCGAUCAGGUAAAAAAAACUUGUAAGCUCAUAGAUCAGGAUUAUUGUGUCCCUGAUUUAUUCUGGUUGCAACGAUAUUAUGACCGUUUACUUCGAUCGAUCAUUCAAUGUGUUGAACAUUCAUUAUAAAUAAAUAAAAAUAGUUUACAAUAAGACUACUGUACGGACAAAUUUAAUGGACCGUAAGAUCGAAUUAAGAUGAACGAGGUCGUUCUUGAAGUUAUUAAUUAAAUAUUAUACUAAUGUGAUUGAUAAUUUCAAUGGCAAAAAAUAAACGCCAAUCAGAAACUCAACGGUCCUUACAGAGGAAUAGAAAAUUAACAGAUAUCCUCGACUCCCAAGUGAUCACGAUUUCGUGAAAUCGCACAAUUAAUUAAUCAGAGCAUCUGAUUGGAAACAAAAAAUA